AUGGAUAUUGUACCCGACAGAAAUACGCCUUUACCCCAACUUAUUGUUAAGUGGGCAUAUACCGGGAUCCGCUUAGCCUUAUCCCCCGGGGCAACAAUCGGGUACUUUGCAUUUUUCGAACUUCUGAUAUUGCUUUUGCGACCUGACAUUGUCGACAAGGAUAACAGAGUACGCAUCGUUCCAGCGGAAGAGCUGGCAGGUCAGUACGACUUUGUGAUAAUUGGUGCAGGAGCCGCAGGAGCUGUACUUGCUAACCGAUUAACGGAAAAUACAAAUUGGACUGUCUUGUUACUGGAGGCUGGAGGCGAUGAAAGACUUAUCACCGCUAUACCUGCAUUGUCGUAUAGUUUUGUAAACACUGAUAUGGACUGGCAAUUCAAAACUGAACCUUCAACGAACUAUUGUAGAGGCAUGGUCAACAAUCAAUGCCAAUGGACCGCCGGUAAAGGACUUGGAGGGACCACCGGUAUCAAUACAUUUUUGUAUAUCCGUGGAAAUCGAAGAGAUUAUGACAAUUGGAGGGAUUUAGGAAAUUCUGGUUGGGGAUACGAUGACGUUUUACCAUAUUUUAAAAAGGCGGAAAAUAUGUCGAUUCCCGAGCUCCGCGAAUCGCCUUAUCACGGAACCUCUGGCCCUCUAACAGUUGAAUACUUGAAGUAUGAGCACCCGAUGACAGAAUACUUUUUAAAUGCUACACUUGAAAUGGGCUACAGUCAGCUGGAUAUAAACGGCAAGACGCAGAUUGGAUUUCAUCGACCGCAAACCACGAUUAGAAAUGGCUUACGAUGCAGCACGGCGAGAGCCUAUCUGCGACCUGUAACUGGCAGGAAAAACCUACACAUUAGUACGAAUUCUCUGGUCAGUAAGAUUCUCAUCGGUGAAACCUCGAAAACAGCUUACGGCGUUGAAUUUGUCCGAGAAAACAUGAGGUACACCGUUCGUGCAAGAAAAGAGGUUAUCCUCUCAGCGGGCGCUCUUUUAUCUCCACAACUGAUGAUGCUCUCAGGAAUCGGACCUAAAGAAAACCUGGAAGAAGUUGGAGUUAAGGUUAUUCACGACAGCCCAGGAGUUGGCCAAAAUCUUCAAGAUCAUGUGGGGGUUGGUGGACUGGCUUUUCUGCUGGAUCCACCAUAUAAUACUCCAUCAACUCUAACACAAAUAACGGACUUUCUGGUAAAAAAAGAAGGUCAGCUAUAUGAUAUACCCGAUGUGGACCUACUGGGUUUCGUCAAUAGCAGGUGUGCCAAUAGUUCUAUCGAUUUCCCGGACCUCCAAUUAUAUCUUGGUUCAACCGCUCUAAAUACGAAUAGUGAAACCGUUAAGAGAGCUUUUGGUCUCAGCGACAACUUUUACGCAACCUUAUACAAGAAUAUAAUCGAUAAGGACGCAUACGGUGUGGUGCCGUCACUGAUACACCCGAAGAGUAGAGGUUACAUCAAGCUGCGUGAUAAUAACUCCUCACAUCUCCCAAUGAUAAAUGCGAAUUAUUUCGAGCACCCGGAUGAUCUGGAGACUUUGGUAGACGGAGUCUCUUUCGCCUUCAACUUAAGCCAAACCCCGACUAUGAAGAAAUUAAAUCCACGUCUCAACCCCAACCUGAUUCCAGAGUGUGCUUACUUGAAUUUCCCGUCGCGUGAUUAUUGGCGUUGCUACACACGAUUUUUCUCAUGGACUUUUUACCACUUUACUUCUACCUGUAAAAUGGGCCCUGCAGACGACAAAAUGGCUGUAGUAGACUCAGGCCUGAGGGUCCACGGUGUCAAUCGUCUUCGGAUUGUGGACGCUUCGGUGAUGCCAAACGUUCCAUCCGGUAAUACCAAUGCACCAACCAUCAUGAUCGCCGAAAAGGCCGCAGAUCUUAUUAAGCAAGAUUGGAAUUCCAUCAUUUCCGGUGGGUGCAAAAUUUCGAAUGUCAGAGCUUCGGAAAUCAUCUCUCCGGAAUUGUGAAGCUACCAUGAUG